CACUUGAACUUCCCUAAGGAAAGGUGGGAUACAAAAUACUUUAAAUAAACUUCAGAUGUACAUCUGAUUUACCCUAACGUGAUUAAACUAUGGAAGGAUUUUUCAGUACCAGCUCUCCUCUUGCCACACCCUCCGGUUGUUUUCCCUUCUCAAGAGUAUGUUUUAUGUUGUGCAUUGCCUCGGGCAGCUUUUAAGAAGAAGGGUGGUUAUCACAUAAAUAAAAUUGUUUUUAACAAAUGGUCUUGUUCCACCCCGAGCAUGGUCCGUGAGGACGGGUUUCAAGGAAAUGCAACUCUUGUAUCCUUGUAUCAGCUUCUUCAUCAUAGCCCAGCCCUUUAAGUCUAAGAUUUCUCCGAUUCCUCAGUACACAGCUCCUGAGAGAUUUUACUGGAAUUCAGCUGAGUGGAGGUUAACCGGGCAGAUUGCUUUGCAGCUGCAUCAAGGGUUAAUGCUGGGGCUGUGUCCCUGCCCCUUAGCGUCCACCGGGAAGCUGAUUGGCGAAGGCUCUGGCUUCUUGCCCUCCUGGACUUUGGCUAGGAGCAGAACUCUUGUCCGCUCUGUGCAGCAGAAGCCAAGCAGGGUAAAGAGUCCUAGACCCAGCAGAGACUAGCUGCUGCUUCUGCUGCUGGAGUCUGCAAAGUUUAUCAACAGCUGCAUCUGGUCUUCGUCGAGACUCUACUAUGUUGUGUUGCUAUGCGCUGCUCUUCAGUAUCCUCUGGAUUGUGGUGUGGUUCUUGCGCGACCGGCAGACAUUGAGCUCCUACAAGGACAAGUAUGUCUUCAUCACAGGCUGCGACACGGGUUUCGGGAACAUGCUGGCCAAGCGCCUGGACAAGAAGGGCUUUCAGGUGCUGGCAGGUUGCCUAACCCAGAAGGGGGCUGAUAACCUGCAGCGGUCCAGCUCGCCAAACCUGCGCACCAUCCUGCUGGACGUCACCAACUCCGAGAGCAUCUCUAAAGCCGUGCAGUGGGUGAAAGGUGAAGUGGGAGAGAAAGGGCUCUUUGGCUUGGUGAACAAUGCAGGUGUGGCCAACCCCAUUGGCCCCACAGAAUGGAUGGGCGUGGAGGAUUACCGCAAGGUCAUGUCUGUCAACACCUUUGGGGUCAUCGAGGUAUCUCUGGCCUUCCUACCUUUGCUCAAACGGGCACGUGGCCGAGUGGUCAACACCUCCAGCGUCUUGGGUCGCCUCUCAGCCAAUGGCGGUGGCUACUGUGUUUCCAAAUACACUGUUGAGGCCUUCUCCGACAGCCUCAGGAGGGAUAUGUACCAUUUUGGGGUAAAGGUCUCUAUUGUGGAGCCGGGCUUCUUCAAGACGGCUGUGACCAACCUUGAAUCAAUAGAAGCCUCCUUAAGACUACUCUGGGACCGACUGAGCCCCGAGACUCGGCAGAGCUAUGGUGAAGACUUCUUUCCAAACUACCUGAAAGUCCAGAAGUUCAUCAUGAACAUCAUCUGCGACCCAGACCUCAGCAAAGUGACCAACUGCAUGGAGCAUGCCCUUCAGGCCAAAUACCCCCGCACCCGCUAUAGCGCUGGCUGGGAUGCCAAGUUUGUGUGGCUGCCAGUCUCUUAUCUACCUGCCUUCAUGGUGGACAUUGUUUUGGCUACCAUCCUACCCAAGCCAGCCCAUCGGGCCCACUAGACUCCCCGAACCUCACACCUCGCCUCUCUCCAGGACCAAGCCUGUGGACCAGCUGUCAAUCAGACAGACCACAUUCCUUCGCAAGAACUAUGGAGAAAUAAAAGUGUCAUUGUCAGUAGGAAAAAA